AUGACCAAUCAACAUUCCAAAUUUUGUGGCAAUACGUGCCCUUCUACAUCUACUCAUGUUUUGGCAAACAGUCUCUGUUCCCAACAGCAAUUAGAAUAUUCUUCUGAAUUAGCUUCUCUUACCUCUUUAUUAGUUCAUCUUUGCUUGACGGGUUCAGAUGUUUGUGAACAACAAUCAAUUGCUUCUUUUAUUUUAAAAAAAUUUGAAAAAGAAAUUAAUAAAAUGUCAACAACUUUUGAUUUUCUCGAAACUUCUCCAAUUUUUAUUUCUUCGCCAACAACUUCUAAAUCAGAAUUAAUAGUAACAAAAGAAUUCAAAACAAAGAAAAUACCUAAUCGAAAUUCAGUAAAAUCAUCAAUUUCUGGUGAAAAUGAAAAAGAAAAAAUUAAGAAAAAAAGUGGAAAUAUUUCAAAAAAUAUUGAAUUAAAUAAAUCUUUUAAAGAAGAAAAACAAAAUCAAAAAAAGCUAUUAAAAUCAUUUCCUGGAAGAUUGUCUAAAUCAAAAAGUUUAAAAACUAAAAAUUCUUUCAAAUCCUCAAAAAAUGAGGAAUCAUCAAGUUCUUUACAAAGGCCUUCUUCAAAACGAAAAAUUAAACAAAAAUCGAAUAUUAUUGGAAUGUUGAAAUCGAAAAGUGAAAUUAAUUUAUUUGCUAAAAUAUCUGAAAAUAAAAGUAAAUUACGUCGUCCAAAUACUACAAGUGGAGGAAGUGUAACAAAUAAAAAAUUAAAAUCCCCAAUUUGUUCAUCACAUAAAAGUAGACAACAACAAAAACGAACUUUCUCUUUUGAUAACAAAAAUGAAAAACAAUUAUUUAAAAAAGAAAUAAAUCCAACAAAUAAUCCAACAUUGUUAGAAUAUAUUAUUAAAUCUUUUGAAGUAAUUAAACAAAAUCGUUUACGUUUUCUUGUCAAAUUAGAUUUAAUUAGCCAUCUUUUACGUGUUAUUCGAAAAUGUUUUGAUUUUUUUGUAAAAUGGGAAAUUUUGGAUAAUUUAAUUGUUGACUUUUUGGCAAAAAUAAUUUUGUUAAUUUCUGAAAAAGAUAAGAAAUUUGUUUUAAAAGUUAGAUUAAGUGGUGUUUUAACUCUUUUGGCAAAUUAUUUAUUUUUUAAUGAUUCUAUUGACAAACAAAUUAUUAAUUUAUUUAAAUUAUUAAUUAAAUCACUUCAAUCAAUUAGAAAUGCUCAAAUUUUGACUUCUGAACAUAAUUUUAUUAAACGUUUUGUUAAUACAUUGGAUGUUUUUAAUUCUUAUUUAAUAAAUUGUGAGUAUAUUUUGAUUUAA